UGCUUAUGCGCUCUUAUUAGAUAGUUUUGGGUGGCCCUUAAAAGGGCCGAUUUUUUGCUGUUGCGUGUUGGUGGUGAACAGCUUAGCCGCCGAAGCCGUAGAGGGUGCGUCCCUGCCUCUUGAGGGCGUAGACGACGUCCAUGGCGGUGACGGUCUUCCUCUUGGCGUGCUCGGUGUAGGUGACGGCGUCGCGGAUCACGUUCUCAAGGAACACCUUGAGCACGCCGCGGGUCUCCUCGUAGAUGAGGCCCGAGAUACGCUUGACUCCGCCGCGGCGAGCCAGACGGCGGAUGGCCGGCUUGGUGAUGCCCUGGAUGUUGUCACGCAGAACCUUGCGGUGACGCUUGGCGCCUCCCUUGCCGAGUCCCUUGCCUCCCUUUCCACGUCCGGUCAUGUUGAUUCUUGUUCAGAGUUGGAAUGAAACUGAUGAUGUCCUAGGAUUGUGCCCCUCUACUUAUACCGGCCGGCGCAAGCAACGACGGAAAAAAAGCCCCCUCCAACCGACUGCAGGCGCGCCAAACUCGGCCGAGGGGCGGAGCCAAAAAGAGGAUAAAUAGCGGGGUCGCGACGAGUUUGGACACGUUUCAACUCGUCUCAACAUGGCACGUACGAAGCAAACCGCCCGCAAGUCGACCGGAGGAAAGGCCCCUCGCAAGCAGCUGGCCACCAAGGCAGCCCGCAAGAGCGCCCCCGCCACCGGAGGGGUCAAGAAGCCCCAUCGCUACAGACCCGGCACGGUCGCCCUCCGUGAGAUUCGUCGCUACCAGAAGAGCACCGAGCUGCUGAUCCGCAAGCUGCCCUUCCAGCGCCUCGUCCGUGAAAUCGCCCAGGACUUCAAGACCGACCUGCGCUUCCAGUCGAGCGCCGUCAUGGCCCUGCAGGAGGCCAGCGAGGCCUACCUGGUCGGCCUCUUCGAGGACACCAACCUGUGCGCCAUCCACGCCAAGCGCGUCACCAUCAUGCCCAAGGACAUCCAGCUGGCCCGCCGCAUCCGCGGAGAGCGUGCUUAAGCUAAACAGCUCAAACACCAAAAAUCGGCCCUUUUAAGGGCCACCAAAAUACUCAAGUAAAACCACAAAGCAAUAUGCAAAGACAAACUAAAGAGACUGAUAUAAAUUUAACAUUGGUUAAAACGACAGCAGAAG